GCUGCACAACUCUCUUGGCGGGAGCGGUUUGCGCCGAUCUACGCGCGCAGCGCUUAUGCCCCGCCUCUUGGGGUAAAAGACUACAUUGCCUGUUUGGCGUGCAAUCAAGCCCAGUGUUGCCACGUUGGCCAUUGUCCCGAAUUCAAUUCAAUUAGGCAAUAAAAUGUAUUAAACACCUAACCCUACUUUCAUUGCAAUAUUACGUAAUAUUGUACAGCAAAUUCUAAACGUUCACAUUACAAUACAGCUCAAAAAUCACCUACUACGGUACUGUGAAGCGACCGCGCGAUGAAAAUUCGUUUAAUACGGCCCCGACUUUUACCCCAAGCGCGAGAAAGAGGGCACCAUUCCAUCUCGCUUGGUUGUAGACCGCCAGAUCAAAGGCGCCGCUCGAGAGUUGCGGAGCUGGAUAGUAAGUAAGCUGUGGCAGAAGCAUGAUACAAAUGCACGGUUGGUCAACAAAUAAAACGUGAUUUAAAAAAAAGAUUUUUACAGUUUUUGAUUGUUAAAAUUUAAAAGAAACCGAGAAUUUCUCUUUGUGGUUGAAGUAAUAUGUCUGUAUUACAAGGAAUGUUACAGUUACUAGAAGAAAAGAAAUUUUUUUUAAAUUACAAGGACUUUAACGUUACUAUUUCAAAAUUUCCAAAUAUGUGCAGAACUUGCUUGAAAGAAGGGGAAAAUAAACCAAUCGUCGGUACAAAUUAUGAGGAGAAAUCUGUGUGUGAUCUGCUUCAGUUAUACACAUCGACUAAGGUUUAAGGUGCAUCUCGACGACGGUUUGCCGCAAACAAUAUGUCGUAAUUGCUUAACGGACCUGUUCAGAAUGCACUCCUUUGUGCAGAAAUGUCAACAAUCUGAUGUUAUUUUGCGCUACUUACGAGAUAUAAGUUCAAAACACUUUGCUGAGGAUGAAAUGAUUAAAAGUGAGAAAACGACCGACGUAUUUAGUCCAGAUCAAGAUUAUUCCAUCUCUGAAAGUCGUGUACGUGUAGAAGAGGAGCGAGUGAAAGUGUCACAAAGAAAAUGUAAAAAGGAUCUCAUAUCUGAGAAAAAGGGUAGUACCCCCUAUAAUUGUAGCACUUGUAAGGAAGCUUUUCAUACCUACAAAUUAUUAAAAGCACACUGCAAAUUAUCUCAACAUUUUGAUAUUCGUAAACAUCCCUGUACAGUUUGUGCUAAAGUGUUCACUAAUAGUAAAUUAAAACAACACAUGAGGGCACAUACAAAGGAAAGACCAUACAAAUGUAAAAUAUGUUUGCGGGGAUUUAGUAUGUCGGGGAAUUUAAAACGUCAUAUGAUGACCCAUACUGGUGAAAGGCCACAUGUGUGUGAAGUUUGUGGAAAAGGAUUUAUACAAUCUACUACGCUUCACAAUCAUAAAAAGACUCACAUAAAAGGGGAGAUAAUCGAAGGUGACAGUAAUUAUAUUUGUUCACAUUGCGGUCGAGGUUUUAAAAGAUUAACACGUUACAAUACUCACCUUCUUAAACAUAAUUCUAAAAUUGUAAACAAUCAAAAAUCAAUAAUGGAACAAAGUGCUAAUUUUGAGUGUACCUUUUGUAAGCGAACAUAUAAAACUAAACAUCUAUUAAAAGCCCAUCAGUUAACGCAUGGUGAAAAAAGUUUUUUGUGCAGUGACUGCGGCAAAGGUUUCGUUACAAAAGCUGCCUUACAGUCUCACCUUAAAGUACAUACUGGUGAGAAGCCUUACACAUGUAAUAUUUGUAGUAAAUCGUUUGCUCAUGUUGCAAGCUUCGAAGCACAUUUACUGAUUCAUACAGGGCAAAAACCGUACAAUUGUGAUAUUUGUAAAAAAGCAUUUACACAGUUGUCUCACUUAAAAUAUCACAUGCGCACACAUAGCGGGGAACGGCCAUACAUUUGUCAAUACUGUAGCAAGAGUUUUGCUUUAAAAGGAAAUCUAACUGUACAUGUUCGCACUCAUACAGGAGAAACACCACAUGUAUGCCCAAUUUGUGAGAGAGGAUUUUAUGAUUCCAGUAGCAUGAAAAAACAUAAACGAAGGCAUGUUGAGAAUGGGUUAGUAAAAGUAUCCUUUUCAUCAGCAAGCACUGUAAAUAGCGAAACUGAUAAUGUAACCAAUGUCACUUACAAUUCUAUCUGAUGUACAUAAUUUAUUAUAUUUAAUAUAUUACAUUAGGCAACGUUAGUUAAGAGUGGGCAACUGCGUAGAGUGCAGUGGCAUAGAUUGUACAUGACUACUGUAUCUGGUGGAAUUGAAUAAACAAAUGUUAAGAAACCUACAUGAAUAAUCUGAAUAUCGAUGUUCAUUUUGCCUGGUAUUAUAAAAUCUUGCUAAAGUGAACUGUUCCAGAGUUACGGAGGACGUGUAACAGUAGAAAUUUUCAUCUUUUUUUAGAUUUCAGAUUGGAAUUAACAAAAGAAUUGCACACUAAUAAGUACCCUAUCGACAGUAUCUGCGACUUUUCUUUACUCUUCCGAUAGGCGAUAACCCCAUAAUUUCGUAUUUUUGAAAAACAAUUUUUUUACAGGGCGCAACCCAGACAUUAAACAAAAAAUAAUGUGACUGAUUAGAUGCGUCUCACGCGAUAUUUAACAAAAAAACGUCUUAUAGCCGGGAUGAGUAGGUUGUAAGGAAGAUGUUUUGACCGGGUUUUCAAAUUCGUUCUACGCAGUUUAAAACGAAAUUUAGGAAAACACUCAAUAUCGACAGUAUAGAAAAAUUGCAUGCAAACGUUGGGCAACACAUCAUGCUACAUACGCUCCUUGCGGGAGCUCUGGUCCAUCCUCUUAGAUUCCACUUCAUAGGGGUACGUGUUAAAAAAAGUUUAAGAAAGGCUGAACUAACGAAUAUGGGAUAUUGGAUUUUUGUAUAGCGGCUAUUUCAGUUCAUAAUUAGGGAUGAAAAUAUUUUCCAGCGCAUAGGUACCACUUUAAUUAAAUUUAAAAAUUAAAUAUUACUAAAUUUCAAGAAAAAUAGCACAAGUUCUAAACAAGAAAAUUGCAGAAUGUCGUCAUUCGUAAAAAAGGUGCUACUCAAAACAGUGUUUACUUUUUUUACCAGCCACAUAAAAAAUAAAUUUGAUGAUGAU